AUGGAAACUCAAUGGUUUUUAUUUCUCAUCUGUCUGAUGAUGUGUGGAGGAGACACUGAAAGUGCACCUGAAAUUUGCACAGGAGCGCACUGCCAAAGGUCUCCGUCCAGAUCACCUGAUCACCAGAGCAGAUAUUCAAUUUAUGCUCCAAGACGCCCAUCGGUUCCCUACACGGUAAUACAUCCGCAGCACAGUAGGACUGGCAGUCCGAAAGUAAACCCAAGGACCAUCACGGCUGAGGUGUUCAACCCACAGGGAUGCACGGGAAGAGGUUGUCAUGGCUUGCCAAGACCGACAAAUAAUGAUACAAAUGAUUGCAAGGGAAUCGGAUGUAAACUACCUGUACGGAUGCGACAAGAUCCCAAACAGCAUUCCUGUGUCGGAGAUGCCUGCACCACAGGGUCAGAUGUUGGAAGAAGCAGACUUUCAUUUGUCCAUAUGCAGGACAGAGCCGAGCAAGUAUUGGGGGAAUUUCCCGAGCUGGGAACUCGAGGGGGGCCAUCAACUGGAAUUCAGUUAACAUGCGACAUCAAACCAGGCACAAAUGAGGUCCAUUCUGAAGAUGCAUUAGUGUUGCAUUUGCACUUGGCAAAAGGUCAGGAUAAACUGGUGGCACAGUUGCAGGGGCAGCAAGCUGAAGUUAAGCAACUUCAGAACACACUGAGAGAACAGCAAAAUGCUCUACUAGCCCACCAAAGGGAAAUACUGGACCAACAACGGAUUAAGUUUGAAAAGAUGGAGGAAGUCAAGACCCAAUACAACCUUCUUCUUGACAGCGUCAAACAGAUAUCUGUACGAGGUCCACAGGGCAUCAUUGAGAGCCAUUUAGAUGGUCUCCAAUCCCAGGUUAGAACCUUUUCUCAGGAGGCCUUGAACAUGGAUGCUAGUGUUACAGAUGCUGAGAGACCUCUACUUGGCUGUGGAUCCUGCCGAGCAGAUGAGUACUGUGACUUCAGUGCAGACCGGCCACAUUGUGAGAAAUGCACUGUUUGCCCUCCGGGAUUCUUUCUAGUGGCUCAGUGUUCAAUUCAUGCUGACAGGAUUUGCCAGGACAGAGACGAAUGCCUAGAGAUACCAAACUUAUGUAAGGAACUCAACCAGUGCCUCAACACACCCGGGGGAUUUCGCUGCUCCGGCAUGUCGGAGAGGGAAGCAGCCGCCGGGAUGUGUGGGCACUCUUACUUUUACAGUUCUGAGAUGGAAGAGUGUCAAGCCUGUACAGAAUGCGAUUCUCAGCCAAUGACGUCCCCAUGUUUGGCCUUGAGUGAUGCGGUUUGCGCCAACCCCUCUGAAAGCAAGCUCUCUCUUUCCUGGUCUGGUAACGUUGACCUGGCCAAGGGUAGUGAGCUUCCUGAUAAGCAACUUCACAUCCGUGGUAACAGUGACGGAAGCCUUCUUUCCUGCACUGAUGGUUGGAUAGUGCUUCACCAGCAUGGUCUUGUUUGGGUUGACCAUAAUCUUGCUUUAAAACAUGGCUGCCGCAGCUUUGUUCAGGCAUGUUUACGACUAAACGCCAGUGAAGAUGAAGGUCGGGAUCUGAGUGGGAUGCGUUUGGAGCAUCGGGAGGGGAAAUCUCUCCAGAGUGCCAGUGUGAGUGGAGCAGCUGCUGUGGAGCCAGGUCAUGUACUCUACCUUUCUCUCAAGAGCGCCACCAACCAGUGUAGCCAAGACAAUGAAGAUGUGCACCUUCAGAGCAGCCUAAUCUCACCUUUCAGCUUGCUCUGGUUGUCUCAUGACACAGGCGCGGUUGCAAUGACUGCUCAGGCCGUUGCUUCUGUGCACUACCACACCAACUACCGCCCUGCUUUCCAUACGUCAUCCAUCUCUGACCCCUACAUGGUUGGCUUGACCCAUGACAACCGAGGGGUGCGCUUCAGAGAAAGUGGCACUGUGAAGUUUGUCCUCCAGCAAGCAUUGUACUCCAUGGGUCAAGCCUGUAUCUCCGAGGGCUUCUACUUGCUUGCAUACGUGAACCACAACGGAAGCAGUGCUGAGCUGACCCGUGCAUUCAAGCCCGGUGUUCACUACAGAGACACAUCUAUAUCUCUGUCGGCAGCCACCACGGUGGAUUCUGGGGAUAUGCUCACCUUUGAGAUCCUUGCACCCGCUCAGUGCAAUGUGCGCUACUUCGGUGACGACUCUGGGAUCAGCAUGCUCAGUCUGGUGUGGAUCCCUUCAGCUGUGUCCACUGCCUUGUCGGCCUCCAUGUCCAGGAGAGGUCUCCCCUCUGGUGCAGUGCGGAAUAAAGCCUUGUUCUUCCAUCAGACAAGUCCAGCGGUUCCACAAGUUGCACUUGCUGGAACCAAAGAUCACAGAGACUUCAUCUUUCGGGAAGCAGGGACAGCAAGUGUGGCUUUAGCUCUGCAGCUUAUCCACUCAUGCAGUCUAAUCAAACUCACCUUGCUCCAACAGAGUGGGUCUCAGGGGGUUCAGCCAGCCCCUGUAGCUCAACAGAUUGGUGGACAUAUUCCAGAGGGAAGCGUAUGGGCAAGUGUGGGACUGAGGGUAUCUUUCCAGGUGCGUAACGGCACUGUAAUCUUUGCUACAGUGGACUGUGUGAGAGGGCGCAUAAACCAAAUUGCCCAUGAUGCCGGAAGUAGCAUGUCUAUCCUCUGGACAGUUGCAUGA